UAACAGUGUUUGGCCCGCACACAGAGAGAGUUGAAUAAAAUCACCCACACCAUACCAUAACCCUCUCUCCCUUACCAACGAUCUCACUUUCAAAUAAUAACCCCGUGCUCCAACAACAAGCGCUACCUCAAUUCUCCAAUCUCCGAUCAGCCAUCAACGCUGAUUCUACGGAACCCUUCGUCUACGCGGACACCGAAGCGUAGCUCCGUUCUGCUUUUCCUCAAAUUGAAUCUCGACCGCCUGAAAACUGCGUCGAAUCGGAGGGUUUCAUUCCCCCAAGAGAGCAUUGAACGGUUUACUUUCCAAGCUCGAAUUGAUUGCUCACGACGGAUUGAGAAACUUGGAGGAGGUGAAUUCACAAGGGAAGGAAACCUAAUUUGCGAACUUCGUUUUUCUUUUUGGAAUGAAGAGGAAAAUUGCCGAAUGAAACGGCGUUACUGAAGUUUAAAUAGGGUUUUCGAGGUCUCUGUCUUUGAUCGGGUGGAAGAGCCACCGGCAUAGAAGGUUUGGCAAGAGGAUAGUGAUUGAAAUUGGUUUCUGCUGGAACCGUUCGCUAUGAGUUGUUGAUUCUCGUGUUGGAUUGCGACACAGGGUUGUUCACACAGCAUGGGUUACGAUUCGGAUAGCCCCUCGCAGGAUGGGAGGGAUGAAGAUGACGAGGAAGAAUAUGAGGAGUCUGGCAGGGGCAAUCGUUUUCUUGGGUUCAUGUUUGGAAAUGUUGAUAAUUCUGGUGAUCUCGAUGUUGAUUAUCUUGAUGAGGAUGCAAAGGAGCAUCUUUCUGCAUUAGCUGACAAGCUGGGUCCAUCACUGACAGAUAUAGAUUUGUCAGGAAAAUCACCACAAACACCACCUGAUGCUGUUGAACAAGACUGUGAUGAAAAAGCUGAGGAUGCAGUUGAUUAUGAAGAUAUUGAUGAAGAAUAUGAUGGUCCAGAGACAGAAGCUGCCAAUGAAGAGGACCAUUUAUUGCCAAAAAAGGAGUUUUUCUCCACUGAAGUUGCUGUUGAAGUUUUGGAGUCCAAAACUUCUGUCUUUGAUGAUGAAAAUUAUGAUGAAGAAUCUGAAAAGGAACAAGACAUAGUGAAUGAUGAUUCUAAAGGGGAGCAGGAAGAGAGUUUUGUAGAUGCAUCUAAAGAAGAGAGUGCUCUUGAACAAGAACUACAAGUUGGCUCACUGCAGACUGAAGAAUUGGACAGUGAUGUGCAAAAACUUGAGGAGGAAGGGUCUGAAGUUCAGAAAAGGUCCAUGUCUAUGCCAUUGCCCGUAUUAUGUGUGGAAGAUGGUAUGACAAUUUUACGCUUCUCUGAAAUCUUUGGCAUUCACGAACCUCUCAGAAAAGGAGAAAAGAGAGAGCAUCGGCAUCCCAUUCCUAGAGAUAGAUACCAGUCUUUGGAUUUAACUGAUGAUAUCGUAGAAGAGGAUGAAGAGGACUUCCUCAAGGGCUUCUCUCAUAGUCUCUCACUUACUAAACAUGUUUGUGUAGUCCAUAAUGAUGUAUCAGAAAUUGAUGAUGUUGACUUGGAAUUUCCAAAAUUUGGAUUUCUUCAUGGGGAUGCUUCAAUGGCUGGGAAAGAUGAUCGACAACCAAAGGACUCUUGUCUUUGUGCUGAACCAAUGAAAGGGGAUUUGACAGAAGAUAUUUCUGGGAAAGACCAUCCUUUUAUGUGGGCCAAUUUUUAUCCCCUUGAUCAGCGAGACUGGGAAGAUGAAAUCCUCUGGGGCAAUUCUCCUGUUCAAAGUCGUAGUAAUGUUGAAAGCUGUGAAAUUUCUGGACCUGAGUUGGGAGCAUCCGGUGGAAGUGAAAUAGAAAUUGAAAGUGGGAUCCAGAAUCUUCACAUAGAGCCACAGGAGAUGCUGGAGGAGAAUGAUCAUAUUGUCUUCAAAUGCAGUUCCCCUGUCUCAUUGGAGCCCUUUGGCUCAAGGCAUUCUUCUGGAGCUAAAACCAAUUCAAUGUCCAGAAGUCUAUUUCAUCCCCAACUAUUGAGGCUAGAAUCCAGAUUUGAAGUGGAUGCUGCUAAUCUUGUAGAUGGAAAAGGGGCAGAUAUAUCUGAGAAGCAUACUCAAAAUGGUCAAAUAAAGCGAUUUACCAAGGUUAUAUCACAAAACAGAGACAUGAUGGAGGGAUCCUGGUUAGACAAUAUAAUAUGGGAGGAUCUUGAUCGGGCUACAGUGAAACAAAAGCUUAUCUUUGAUCUUCAGGAUGAUCAAAUGCACUUUGAAGUUUUAGAGAGCAAGGAUGGUACACAUCUUCGCCUCCAUGCUGGGGCUAUGAUUUUAACUCGUUCUUUAAAAUCGAGUGGUGGAGACUCUUCUGAGCUACCGGGACAUGGAAGUCAAUAUGGAUGGCGAUACGUUGCUAAUGACAAACACUAUUCUAACCGUAAAACUUCUCAGCAACUUAAAUCAAAUUCCAAAAAACGCUCAGCUCAUGGUGUCAAAGUUUUUCACUCCCAACCUGCACUGAAGCUGCAGACGAUGAAAUUGAAGUUGAGCAAUAAAGAUAUUGCAAAUUUUCACCGGCCUAAAGCAUUAUGGUAUCCCCAUGACAAUGAGGUGGCUGUCAAAGAGCAAGGGAAAUUGCCAACACAAGGACCCAUGAAAGUUAUUAUAAAGAGCUUGGGUGGCAAGGGGAGUAAACUGCAUGUUGAUGCUGAAGAAACUCUCUCUUCUGUUAAAGUAAAAGCUUCCAAAAAGCUAGAUUUUAAGGCAUCAGAAACAGUAAAGAUUUUUUAUUUAGGGAGGGAGCUUGAAGAUCACCAAUCACUUGCUGCACAAAAUGUUCAACCAAACUCCUUGUUACAUCUUGUUCGUACAAAGAUAAAUUUGUGGCCAAAGGCACAAAGGGUUCCUGGUGAGAACAAGUCCUUGCGUCCUCCAGGUGCAUUCAAGAAAAAGUCUGAUCUGUCUGUAAAAGAUGGACAUGUUUUUCUGAUGGAGUAUUGUGAAGAAAGGCCUUUACUUUUGAGCAAUGUUGGAAUGGGUUCAAGACUUUGUACAUACUAUCAAAAAUGUUCACCAGAUGACCAAUCUGGCUCGUUAUUACGCAAUACAGAUGGUAACUUGGGCCAUAUCAUUUCUCUGGAUCCUGCUGAUAAAUCUCCUUUUCUUGGAGAUUUAAAACCUGGUUGCAGCCAGUCAUCACUUGAGACAAAUAUGUAUAGAGCACCCAUAUUUCCUCAUAAAGUUCCUUUAACUGACUACCUGCUUGUUCGUUCUUCAAAGGGAAAGCUAUCAUUAAGGCGCAUUGAUAAAAUUAAUGUUGUCGGACAGCAGGAGCCUCUCAUGGAGGUAUUAGCCCCUGGAAGUAAGAAUCUUCAGACUUACAUGAUGAACAGGCUAUUGGUGCACAUGUGUCGUGAAUUCCAAGCAGCAGAGAAGCGACACUUACCUCCAUAUAUCCGUAUUGAUGAAUUUCUGUCACAGUUUCCUUACCUAUCAGAAGCAUCAUUCCGAAAGAAAAUCAAGGAAUAUGCCAAUUUACAGAGGGGAACAAAUGGACAGUCUCUUUUGGUUAAAAAGAGAAAUUUUCGCAUGUGGUCAGAGGAUGAAUUGAGGAAAAUGGUGACACCAGAGCUUGUUUGUGCCUAUGAAAGCAUGCAAGCUGGCCUAUACCGUCUGAAACAUUUAGGAAUAACUGAAACACAUCCUACUAGUAUUUCAUCUGCAAUGAGUCGGCUUCCAGAUGAGGCAAUAGCACUGGCUGCUGCAUCACAUAUUGAGAGGGAACUGCAAAUUACUCCUUGGAACUUGAGUAGCAACUUUGUUGCUUGUACAAGCCAGGGUAAGGAAAAUAUUGAACGAAUGGAAAUUACUGGUGUUGGUGAUCCAUCUGGACGAGGCUUGGGUUUUAGCUAUGCUCGGGCACCUCCCAAGGCACCAGUGUCUAGUGCAAUGGUGAAGAAGAAAGCAGCUGCUGGCCGUGGAGGUUCCACUGUUACUGGUACAGAUGCUGAUCUACGUAGAUUAAGCAUGGAGGCUGCACGAGAGGUUCUUCUUAAGUUCAAUGUUCCUGAGGAGGUCAUCGCAAAACAAACCAGAUGGCAUCGCAUUGCUAUGAUACGGAAACUUUCUAGUGAGCAAGCUGCAUCUGGGGUUAAGGUUGAUCCAACAACUAUCAGUAAAUAUGCUCGUGGCCAGCGAAUGUCCUUUCUUCAGUUACAACAGCAGACCAGAGAGAAAUGCCAGGAGAUUUGGGAUCGACAAGUGCAGAGUCUGUCAGCUGUUAAUGGUGAUGAAAAUGAGAGUGAUUCAGAGGGGAAUAGUGAUCUAGAUUCUUUUGCUGGAGAUCUGGAAAAUUUACUUGAUGCUGAGGAGUGUGAAGAGGGUGACGAGGGUACCAAUGACUUAAAACGUGAUAAGGGAGAUGGUGUUAAGGGUCUUAAAAUGAGAAGACGCCCAACUUUGGCUCAGGCAGAGGAGGAAAUAGAAGAUGAAGCUGCUGAGGCAGCUGAAUUAUGCAGGUUGCUUAUGGAUGAUGACGAAGCUGACAGGAAGAAAAGGAAGAAAGCUAGAGUUAUAGUAGAAGAAACAAGAUUGGUACCGAAGCUGCAAUCAAAAUAUGCCUUUGACAAUGCUGAGCAAGUGAAGCAAAUAGCAAAUACUUUACAACUGGACGGAACUAAUCAUUUAAAAGGGGAUGCAGUCACAGAUUUUAGGGAGGAGGAAAACUUUCCUGUGAAAAAAAGCAAAUCACUGAAGGUCAAUAAAGCCAAGAAGAAUGACAUUACACCUAUCAGUCUUCCCAAUAAAAAAAUCAAAUUAAAUAUGGGAGAAGGAAUUAAGAACCAGGUAUUUAAGGAGAAAAAGCCAUCAAGGGAAAGUUUUGUUUGUGGGGCAUGUGGUCAGCUUGGGCACAUGCGCACUAACAAGAACUGUCCAAAAUAUGGUGAAGAUCUAGAAGCACAACUUGAAUCUACAGAUAUGGAAAAAUCAUCUGGAAAAUCCAGCUUUGUAGAUCCCUCUAGUCAGUCCCAGCAUAAAGCCCCCUCCAAAAAGUCAGUAUCGAAAAGUGCAACAAAAGUUGCUCCUGCUGACAAUUCAACAAAAAUUCCACUGAAAUUCAAAUGCAGCUCCACAGAGAAAUCUUCUGAUAAACCUGCAGUAGAAACCCUGCAGAGUUCUGACAAACCAGUUACUUCUGACUCAGAAACUACAAAGUCUGCCAAGGUUAAUAAAAUAAUUAUUCCCAACAAAGUGAAACCAGAUGAUAUGCAGGCUGAAUCUCAUAAGCAUGCUAUUGUUAUACGGCCUCCUACUGAUUCAGGUAGAGGUCAGGUUGAUUCUCAUAAGCUCCCUAUUAAAAUACGCCCACCUACAGAAAUAGAUAGGGAGCAAAGUCACAAAAAGAUUAUUAUAAAACGUACAAAAGAGGUUGUUGAUCUGGAAUUGGACAGUCCAGGUGGAAACACAGGGCUUGAACACAGAAAAACUAGAAGAAUCGUUGAAUUGUCAAACUUUGAGAAACACAAAAAACCAGAGACCAUGUAUGGAACUGAAGGUUUGGUGAAAUGGAAUACUAAGGAGGAUAGAAGGUGGUGGGAAGAGCAAGAGAAACGAAGAAAUGAAGCGAGACUAAGAGAAGACAGAGCAAGGAGGCAUCACAAAGAAGAAAUCAGGAUGCUCAAAGAGCAAGAAAGGUUGGAUGAGAUAAAAAAAUAUGAAGAAGAUAUUAGGAGAGAGAGGGAGGAGGAAGAACGGCAAAAAGCUAAGAAGAAAAAGAAGAAGAAGAAGCCUGAUUUAAGAGAUGAGUAUUUAGAUGACCCCAGAACCAGAAGAUAUGAUAAGAGAGUGCCAGAAAGAGACCGGAGUGGAAAAAGGAGAUCUGUUGUUGAGUUAGGAAAGAUUAGUGCAGAUUAUAUGCCACCAACAAAACGCCGAAGAGGGGGAGGGGGAGAGGUUGGUUUGGCAAAUAUCUUGGAGAGCAUAGUGGAUACUAUCGUGAAAGAGAAGUAUGAACUGUCUUACCUUUUCCUGAAACCAGUGUCCAAGAAGGAGGCUCCCGACUACCUGGACAUUAUAGAGACGCCUAUGGAUCUUUCCAGAAUCAGGGAGAGGGUACGGAAUAUGGAGUACAAGAGCCGCGAAGAUUUCAGGCAUGAUAUCUGGCAGAUUACUUAUAAUGCCCAUAAAUAUAAUGAUGGGCGAAAUCCGGGAAUUCCUCCCCUUGCAGAUAUGCUUUUGGAAUAUUGUGAUUAUUUGUUGAAUGAGAAUGACGAUAGCCUCACUGCAGCAGAAGCUGGUAUUGAAAUUAGAGAUUUCUAAAUGAUGUUAAAUUCAGAUCAUGAUCUGGUGGUUAGAUAGGGCUGUUCUACAUUAUAUCGAAUCUAGUGUAAGUUUUGGUUUAAAAGAUAAGAAAAUGCUGCCUCUUGUAUUUUUUAUUGAUAUGAAAAGAGGUUGCAAGUUGUAUGGAAACGGGUGAUAUAUCACACCAUAUAACUCAUUGAAUUUUCAGCGUGUAACAUUGUAGAUUGAGGCCCUUUUAUGAAUUCUUUUAGAUAGUCAGAAAAACCAAGCAGAAGCAGGUUGGUGGACAUGAGAAUCUUUUUAUUCAUACUAGUUAUGGACAUGAGAAAACUCGAAAAAUGAUUUUUACUUAACUAUAAAAGAAUAGAGCUUUCG